CAAAAAGGGCUCUGUGGGAGCCUGAAUCACCACUUUAAAUUUGUUUCAAAACUUUUAGAUCUUUUCACCCCCCUUGUAUCUUCUUUUACCCCCUUUAUCUUGUUUUACCACUGUGUUUACCAGCUUAACUGCUGUAGUGUUUUUUUUAAAUCUGGGUUAUUAAUUAAACGGCGAUUCCUCCUUGGAGUUCAGUGAAUCAAGUUUGUCAUCACACAUGAGCAGAAGGUUUUUGUGCACUUCAAGUUAGCAGCAAGAGCUAAAGCAAAAGCUCUGCAGCCCCCAGUGUCCCAACCAGGGACAAAUGGCCAGAGACGGGGUCAAUAUUUCUUGAGCAGCAGCUCCAUUGGCGGCGGAAGAGCCCGGCUGCCCAGGGCUGGUUGUUAUCACAUGCUGGGAAAAGAUCACGUGGAGAGGCUGGGAGGCACAGCCUGGGCUGCAUCCUGGUGGUGCUGGUGGGAUCCUGGCAGCUUUUGCCUCUGAUGGCGUUGGUAACCCAGGAUCAGAUCCAAAAGUUCCACCAGGAUGGCUUCCUUGUCCUAGAGCAUUUUUUCACCCCGGAGGAGUGUGACAGCAUGAGGCAGCAGAUUCAGAGGAUCGUAGCUGAGAUGGAGGUGCCACAGCACUGCCGCACCCAGUUCUCCACCAGGGAGGAGGAGCAGCUCCAGGCACAGGGUAGCUCGGAUUAUUUCCUAACCAGUGGAGACAAGAUUAGAUUCUUCUUUGAGAAAGGUGUUUUGGAUGAGAAAGGUAACUUUCUAGUUCCAAAGGAGAAAUCCAUCAGCAAGAUCGGCCAUGCUUUACAUGCUUAUGAUCCUGUCUUCAAGCAAAUCACCCAUUCCUCCAAGGUGCAGGAGUUGGGAAGAAAACUGGGCCUUGAGAGACCAGUAGUUGUGCAAAGCAUGUAUAUCUUCAAGCAACCUGGCAUUGGUGGUGAAGUGACCCCACACCAGGAUGCCACCUUCCUGCACACGGAGCCACUGGGCAGGAUCCUGGGGUUCUGGAUUGCCUUGGAGGAUGCCACCCUGGAGAAUGGCUGCUUGUGGUUCAUCCCUGGCUCUCAUACCAGUGGAAUUAACAGGAGAAUGGUCCGUGCAGCUUCAGGGGCCUCAACAUGUGUAGAGUUUGUAGGGUCAGAGCCAGCCUAUGAGGACAGCCAGUUCAUUCCUCUGCCUAUAAGUAAAGGUGGACUCAUUCUGAUCCAUGGGGAAGUUGUCCACAAGAGUGAACUGAACAGCUCGGAGUCUUCUCGCCACGCGUUCACCUUCCAUGUGAUGGAAGCCAAAGACACCAGCUGGAGCAAAGAGAACUGGCUCCAGCCAACUCCUGAACUGCCUUUUCCAUCCCUCUACACUUGCAGUUAGUGACUGUCUUCUGGAGUUAGUUGAUUGAUACCCCUUCCUGAUCGUUUCUUCAUGUUCCCUUUAAAUACAACUUCCACUAGAUCAGCUUUCAAGAUAAAUUAAUCCUCUGCCCAGAACAAGGACCCUUAACACAGCUGAACACACCUGCCUUAGACAGGAGCUUCUACUGCAGCAUCAGCCCUUCUGAGAAUAGUCAUCCAGUCCUUUUGGUAAGGAAACUUCUUCAGUCUUAAAAGCAGAGCAUUAAAAACCAUUGCACCUUGACUGGGACCAGUGAAGAAGUAUUUCUUCUUGCAGAUACUCAGCAUUUUCUUCUCCUAAAGUCAAGAGCUUGUCUGGUGCUUUUCUUGGCUCUGUUGAUCCCAGCACUGUAGGUGAACAUGUCAUAGGUCACCAUCCUAUUGUUUGGAUCAUAGCUAUUAAAAAUAGAAUAAUACAAUGGUUUGGGUUGGAAUUUUGGGCACAAUGAAGCAGGAAGGUACUUUUAUAAUCAAUCUUCUAAGUAUUUCUAGCAAUCUGUAGCUGAUUGUUUGAUAUCUGGAUGUGUUGAUCAAAAAUAUUGUAGUUUUCAUAGUUUAAACAUGAAUCUAAAAUCCCCUAUCAAACUCCUCAUAUUUAAAUAAAAAAACCAAAACAAACACAACGGAAAUUCUUCUUUUAAACUCUCUCAACUUUUCUUGGAGGAAGACACAGUGUGACCUUCUCCCAAUAGGUGGGGCCAGUGCCAAGUUGCCUAAUGACAGGUUUGAACUCUCAGUGUGCAGAAGAACAGUUAAAAGCCCCAAAACCCUCACAAAAGCAAAUUAACUUAGGACAAGAUGAAACAUAAGGAAUGUUAACAAACAUAGGCUACAUCCAAGGCAAGUUCAAGCCUGCAUCCUAAACCAAACAGAAGCUGUGUGGGUAUAAUUUCACUGGCACAGGUUACCCUGAGAUAUGAGACAGGUUUCAUUAAUGCACUAAUUACAUCAUAGUAGCCUUAAGACUGCUCAGAGUCCUAGCAGAGUGAGCCCCAGUUCUUUCUGACUCAUCCCUUUCAAAAGGAUACUGGCAUUUGUUUGAUGUGAAACAGUCACAUUUGGUUUCUUUGUGGGAAGUUUCAGCCCUUUGGGCUUUGCUGGGCAGUUCAGGACAGUAAAGAUUUCAUCCCAGGGGGAUGAUCAGGUGGCUUGUAGUAGGAAUUUUGGAAGCUGGAUGACUGCAACAGCAGUAACCUUGAGGUCAGGGUUUCUGCAGGUACAGCUGGUGCCCUCCCCUGCUUUCCUACAGUUUGAAAGCUGUGAGCAGAGUGGAGGGAAAAUUACUUUUAACUCUGAUACUAAUUUAGGAUGCUAAUGGUGAAGGCUGAGGCUUCUGAUGGCUUCUCUGUACUUUUCCAUUAGAAGAAUUAAUAAUUUAGAACAGCACCUAAUAAUUUAGAAUAGCACUUCCCACCUGAGGAGUGGGAGUCUGUCCUCUGAUUAUAUGCACCACUACCUGCAAUGUACAAAACCAUCAAUAAAAGCAAGAAGCUGAAUUGGCUUUGCAGGAUUUCCUCUUAAAUGUGAAGGAAAGUCGGUUUAGCACAAUUACAGAGCUUGAUUUCCUA